CAAGCACUCAAACAUCCUGUGCUGCAGUCACAGCCUUCUCUGUCCUGCCCUGAGGAGCCUCCUCAGGACGAGUUGCUAUUGCUAGGAGACACUGAGGCAGAAAGGGAGAGCCUGACUAUGUUUGUCUCAGGUCACGUUUGUGGACGCUCAGCCUCUGAACCCUCUGCUCCCAGAUUCAGCGCCUCUACCGUGGCUCCCGACUAGGUGCAACCCACUUUCCUAGUGUAAAGCUGGGGGCGGGGUUUGGCUGGGCCGGUCCAGGAUGCAAGAUCCUGGAGGGAAGAAAAGGUGUACUGUUUGGGGUGCUCAGCGGGCUGGGCUGGCUUGGCAGGGCUGGGAUCUUCAGAACAGGUAAUAACCCGGAGGCCUGUUCGUCUGAACCAUAGAUAGAAGGACAAGGCGAGAUCUCCGGGUAACAGGAUGGAUUUCGGAACCCCUGACCUGCUGGAUGUGUGGCUGGAGCCCCCAGAUGAUGUCUUAACAGGACCCUUCCUGGAGCUGGGACUCCACUGUCCACCUCCCGAAGUCCCAGUGACUAUGCUACAAGAACAGGGGCUGCAAGGCUGGGAGUCCAGUGGGGCCCCUGCCUGUGGCCUUCAAGAGAGUGAGCCGGAAGAUUUCCCGAAGCUUUUCAUUGAUCCCAAUGAAGUGUACUGCUCAGAAGCAUCUCCUGGCAGUGACAGUGGAAUCUCUGAGCACCCUGGUCGUCGAGACAGUCCCCCUGUCCCCCAGGCACCCAGCUCUCCUGCCCUCUAUGAAGUUGUUUAUGAGACAGAGGCCCUGGAGAAGAUGCAGGAGGAAGCUGGGCCAGCGGUGGGCUUCAUCUCCAUUCAGCUAGAUCAGUGGAGCCCACCUUUUAUGAUGCCUGAUGCCUGCAUGGUCAGCAACGUGCCCCUUGAUGCUCAUGCCCACAUCCUGCCCAGAGCAGGCACUGUAAACCCAGUGCUUCCUGCCACCCUGCUACCCUGUCAAGCCUUGUUCCUGACAGAUGAGGAGAAGCAUCUGCUGGGGCAGGAAGGGAUUUCCCUGCCCUCUCACCUGCCCCUCACCAAGACAGAGGAGAGGGUCCUCAAGAAGGUCAGGAGGAAAAUCCGUAACAAGCAGUCAGCUCAGGACAGUCGGCGGAGGAAGAAAGAAUACAUCGAGGGACUGGAGAGCAAGGUGGCUGCCUGUUCUGCACAGAACCAGCAACUACAGAAAAAAAUCCAGGAGCUGGAGAGGCACAACGUGUCCCUGGUGACUCAACUCCGCCAGCUGCAGAUGCUCAUUACUCAGACUUCCAACAAAGCUGCCCAGACCAGCACUUGUGUUCUGGUACCAUUAGUCUACCUCCCAUCCCCCCCACUUCCACCACCUGACACACUUCCAUCCCAAUACCCCUACUCCCAAGCCAUACGAAUCUUCCCAUCCCUGAUGGCUCCAACUGCCCUCUAUUCACUUACUUUACUGUCCCCACAGCCCAAGUGUCUUCUUGCUUCCUCCCAGAUCCUUCUUUUUUCCCUGGCUCUCAUCAUCCUGCCCAGUUUCAGCCCCUUUCAAGGUCCACCAGAAGCUGGGUCUGAGGAUUACCAGCCUCAUGGAGUGAUUUCCAGAAAUAUCCUGAUUCACAAGGACGUAACAAAAAAUUGGGAGACCCCAGAGGUAGAGUCCAGAUUGGGGGGGCCACCUGGGAUCAAGAGUGCAAAUGGCUCAACAACGACUCUGCUUGAGAAGACGGGAGGAAAGACAGGCCCCCGAGGGCUCCUCAGAACUGUGCUACAUGCAGAUGAGAUGUGAGCUGGAGCACUUCCGAGCCCACCCCCAAUCACAUGAGGAACCCAGGGCUCUCCGCUCUGCUUUCCCCUGGGAUUUCCACUCGGGGUUCUUUGGCCUCAGGAUUACAUCAGGAUGCCCUAGAUGCCUGUACCCUGAGGCCCAGUCUGUCUGUGUGAGGUGGCACCACAAAUACUUUUAUUAUGUAUCUGUGAUUUUAUUUCUUCUUUGGAUGUAGGGUUGAGGGAAACAGACGUUUUUGCUAAUGAAAUAAACGUUUUUUUGCUGAAA